AUGGCUCCCUCCGACCGUCUCAAUCAGGUCAAUGAACACCUCAACUACCCAGCCGGUCUACUAGCAGGUCAAGUCGCCAUAAUCACCGGCGCAGGCCAAGGCAUCGGCGCCGAAGCAGCCCGACUCUUCGCCAACGAAGGCGCAAAAGUUGUAGUCGCCGAUAUUGAUGCCGCGAAAGCCAACUCCGUCGCCGACGGAAUCAACGCUGCAAAGCCCGGCCGAGCCCUCGCCGUCGUCGGCGACGUCCUCGACAGCAACUAUAUAACCGACCUCGUAAAGAAAACCGCCGAGUUCGGCAACGGCAAGAUCCACAUUAUCGUGAACAAUGCCGGGUUCACGUGGGAUGGCGUUAUUCACAAAAUGACAGACAAGCAAUGGGAAACCAUGCUAGCGGUCCAUAAUACAGCCCCGUUCCAGCUUGUGCGCGCUGCAGCUCCGUAUUUCCGCGUGAAGGAUAAGGAGCCGCGCGUUGUGAUCAACAUCAGCAGUACAAGCGGCAUCCACGGUAAUGCUGGACAAGCCAAUUAUGCAGUUGCGAAGGCUGGUGUCGUCGGGCUGACACGUACGAUUGCGAAAGAAUGGGGACCGGCGUUCGGGGUGCGGUCGAAUACUAUUGCGUUUGGGUUUGUGACGACGCGUUUGACGGCUGCCAAGGAAGGAGGUGCUUUUAUUACCACGCCUGAUGGGACGAAGGUUCCGUUGGGAAUUCCUGGGAAGCAGCUUACGGUUAAGACGGGCGCUGCAGUGGAGGGUAAGAAGGAGGCUGUUGCUUAUCCUGAUAUUCCGCUGGGUAGGCCUGCGUCGCCUGUUGAGGCUGCAAGGGCGAUUGUGGGUGUUGCGUCGCCUUGGUUCUCUUAUGUUAAUGGGGAGACGAUUCGGGUUACUGGUGGGCGGAAUAUGUAG